AUGGUCGCGGUGCAUACGUCUCCUAACUCGUCUCCGUCGGCGGAGUGGAUCUGCUGUCUGGAUAAAAGGCCCUCUGAGCGCUCAGGAGAGGAUGUGGACAUUAUCCUGACCAGAUUGAGAGAGGUCAAAGCCUUCCAUAGGUUCCCACCUCCGCUCUUACUGCAGAUCUGUGCCUGUGCCUUCUAUGAAUGCCUGGAGAAAGGCAUCACGCUGUUUCGACAGGGAGACAUAGGCACCAGCUGGUAUGCUGUGCUGUCUGGCUCUCUGGAUGUCAAAGUGUCAGAAACUGCCAACCACCAGGAUGCAGUCACUAUAUGUACUCUUGGGAUUGGAACAGCGUUCGGGGAGUCCAUCCUGGACAACACGCCACGCCACGCUACAAUCGUCAGCAGAGAGACCAGCGAGCUGCUCCGUAUCGAACAGAGGGAAUUCAAGAGCCUCUGGGAGAAAUAUCGUCAGAGCUUGGCUGGACUGUUGGCCCCUCCUUAUGGAGCUAUGGAGAGUGGUUCCAACAAUGACAGACUCACUGACAAAGACAACAUGAACUCAGACUCUGCAAACAAAUCUCACAACAAGAUCCCUUCUGAGAAGCUGCAAAGAGCGGGGAAGGUUCUCCGUAAUGCCAUCCUGUCCAGAGCCCCACACAUGAUCCGAGACAGGAAGUACCACCUCAAGACAUACAGACAAUGCUGUGUAGGCACGGAGCUGGUUGAUUGGUUGGUGCUGCAGAGUGCCUGUGUUCUCACACGGUCCCAUGCUGUUGGGAUGUGGCAGACAUUACUAGAAGAAGGGGUGCUCAACCACGUGGACCAGGAGCUGGGUUUCCAGGACAAGUACCUGUUCUACCGUUUUCUUGACGAUGAGGAGGAGGACACACCGUUGCCUAGUGAGGAGGAGAAGAGGGAGAGUGAGGAAGAGCUGCCAGAGACCAUCCUCCUCCUCGCUCAGAUUGGCCCUGACGCACUGCUGCGCAUGAUCCUCAGGAAAUCGCCUGGUCAGAGGACAGGGGAUGACCUCGAGAUCAUCUAUGAUGAGCUGCUUCACAUCAAGGCCUUAGCUCACCUCUCCAACACUGUGAAGAGGGAACUGGCGAGCGUUGUGAUCUUCGAGUCGCAUGCAAAAGCUGGAACCGUGUUGUUCAACCAAGGAGAGGAGGGGACAUCAUGGUACAUCAUCCAGAAGGGCUCUGUCAAUGUGGUUAUCUACGGCAAGGGUGUGGUGUGUACGCUCCACGAAGGUGAUGACUUUGGGAAGUUGGCCCUGGUUACAGAUUCACCUCGAGCCGCCUCCAUCGUCCUGAGAGAGGACAACUGUCACUUCCUUCGUGUCGACAAGGAAGACUUCAACAGGAUACUCAGGGAUGUGGAAGCCAACACAGUGCGGUUGAAAGAGCAUGAACAAGCUGUGCUGGUGUUAGAAAAGAGUCCUCGCGCCUCCACCCUGGGAAGCAUCAAGUACACUGUGAUAUCAGGAACACCAGAGAAGAUUCUCGAGCACUUCCUGGAGGCCAUGAGGAUGGACAUACAUCACAGUGAACCAGACCCAGCAGUGGAUGAUUUUGUCCUCAUGCACGGUAUCUUCAUGCCAAACAGCCAGCUGUGCCCUCUACUCAUGGCACACUACCAUGCGACCUCUCCGCCUGGCUCUGAACAGGAGAGGUUGGAGUAUGCACUCAACAGUAAGAGGAGGGCCCUCAUUCUGGCCCUGCGCUGGGCUAGCACACACACGUACCUGCUUCAGGAGGAGCCUGCUGCAAUCUCUUUCCUUGAGGAGCUGUAUGGGAGUUUAUCAAAUGAUUCCCGGAUUUUGAGAGGUUUGAAAGACUUUGUCCCUGACCUUGAGAAAAUCGUCAAAUUACAUUCGGAAGAAGCAAAAUCUAUAAAAAAGAAAACUCUAAUACGACAGUUCAGCAAUGGGGACGAAAGACUGCAGAAGAAGCAGCCCAUUAGGAAUCACGAUGACAUCCUGUUGAAGGUGUACUGUGGUGAUCACACAUACACCACUAUCCGGGUUGCCGUGGCAGCGACUGGAAGAGAAGUGGUCAGCGCCGUGGCCGACAAACUUGGCACCACUGAUGAGCUCGUGUUGGUCCACCUCAGCUCUGCAUGUGAAAAACAAAUCCUGAAGCCUAAUGACGUUUCAGUGUUUUCUGCUCUGAGCAUCAAUGGCCGAUUGUUUGCCUGUCCUCGGGACCAGCUCAGCAGUCUGACUCCUCUUCCAGACCAGGAAGGUCCUUCUGCAGGCUCCAUGUCAACUUUUGAGCUGAUGAGCUCCAAGGACCUGGCUUACCAAAUGACCAUGUAUGACUGGGAGCUCUUCAGCUGUGUGCAUGAGCACGAGCUGCUCUACCACACAUUUGGCCGGCAGAGCUUUAGAAGAACCACGGCUAAUCUGGACCUGUUUCUGCGGAGGUUCAACCAGGUCCAGCUGUGGGUGGUCACUGAGGUGUGCCUCUGCGCACAACUCAGCAAGAGAGUCCAGCUCCUCAAGAAGUUCAUCAAGAUAGCAGCACACUGUCGGGAGUUUAAGAACCUGAAUUCAUUCUUCGCCAUCAUUAUGGGGAUGAGCAACCCCGCUGUCAGCAGAUUGAGCCAGACCUGGGAGAAACUCCCCACCAAGUUUAAGAAGUUCUAUGCUGAGUUUGAAAGUAUGAUGGACCCAUCAAGAAACCACCGCUCCUACCGACUCACUGUCACCAAACUGGAACCACCAAUCAUCCCCUUCAUGCCCCUCCUUCUCAAAGACAUGACAUUUACACAUGAGGGCAACAAGACCUUCAUUGACAGUAUGGUCAAUUUUGAGAAAAUGCGUAUUAUAGCUAAUACAAUUCGCCAAGUGAGGCACUGUAGAAGCCAACCCUUCAAUCCUGAGAUAUGCCAACCCAACAAAAAUCAAGCAGACGUACGGGGUUACGUGAGGAAGCUCUGCGUGGUUGACAACCAGAGGGCACUGACGCAGCUCUCCUACAGGAUGGAGCCUCGGCGGACAUGAGCUCCAAAUCUUCCACCAUCAUCGCCUUCUCUGUGACGUUAGCAUUAAAAAAAAUA